GCUGGAUUACAUUUCACUAACUGCAUUUUCUCAGUUAUUCUUUUUGGUUUUAGACGUGUGGUGUGCUGAUGUUAAAUUUACCGAGAAAUAUUUGUUACCUUUGUCAAAGAAGGUGUGGAUUCCAUAUAUUUCUGAAUAGUGACGAAAACUUUAGCAAUUUGCGUGAUUUUGAAUCCCAAGCACGCAGUUAUAAUUCCAUCUUUGCAAUCCCAUCCUGAAGAAGAACCAUCUGCUUCAUAGGCGUUUUCCUUUCAAAUUAAAAAACUUCGUGUAAAAAAGACAAACGUGUCAGAACAAAAAAACAACCAUGACAAAAUCAAGAAGCAGAAGUCGGUCGAAAUCGCGAGACAGAGUCCGAAGAAGCAAACACAAAAGGCGUUCUAGAUCAAGAUCUCGAUCGAGAAAAAACGAAAAACAUCGAAUGCCUACUGCUCGCAAGCAGUCAUCAGAAAACAAAUACAGGAAAAGGUCGAGAUCGUCGUCUUCCUCCAAUAGCGAUUCUGAUGCUGGUUCCAGGAGAUCAAAACUUGGCAGAAGUAAACUCAGUGAAGUGGAGAGACUGGCUGAAAUUGAACGUCAAAGAGCAGCGCAAAACGCAAGAGUCAUGCGUCAGAAAGAACAGGAACAAAAGAUAGUUGAAGAGGAAACCGUCAAACGAAUCGAAGAGAUGGUGGCCCAGCGAGUAGCAGAAGAAUUGGAGAAGCGGAAGGACGAAAUUGAAGCCGAAGUCCUACGACGAGUGGAAGAAGCCAAACAGAUAAUGGAGCGACAAAUGCUGGAGGAGCUAGAAAGGCGGCGUAAAGAGAGGCUGGAAGAAGAAAACCGCCGUGAGGUAUCGUAUUUUGUUGGCUCCGGUUAUCCCCCGUUCUCUUACGGGCAACGGAACGCUGAAUUUGCAAUCGACUUGUUCUCUCUGCAUAUGAUGCAGUUCAUUCGCGAUAUACUUGCCACCUUUUUUCAAAGGUGGCAAUACCAUUAUUCGAAAAAGAUGUUCCCGAAAUUUAGCAAUGUGCGUCAAGUGGUUAUUGUAAAUUCAGCCGUUUCCGCGGAUUACGAAAGAAGAAAGUCUAUCGGCUGCAUUUCUCUCCCAUCUUGCAUCUUGUUCACAAAUUUAUAGCCCUUUUCUCCCGGCGUUUACCUUUGUCAUUGCGCGCCGAGUAGGAGCGGGCUGUCUUGUUUUUCCUAUACAAGACAUUUUUCCUAAGGAAGAAUUGCAGAGAAUUCGAUUUUUUUUGUCAAGUGAUGAGAGAGAAAUUGAACGGUUUGAGGCCCUUUUAAAUGGUGGGUCAUCAUUUCGAUCGAUCGUCUGGAGUAUGCUGACAGUGAUAUCUCUCCGCCGAGCAAGGUCAGUUGUUUUCUGGUACCGUGACCUCCAGUGUCAAAAUUCAAGGGUCAUCAGGGUUGUGCAGGUAACAGCAAUCAUCACCAAACAAAACACAUUUGUUCUUCCCCCUCUCUCGAUAUAUUUGAUUCUCAUCGUUUGACAUGAUUGACUGUUCAUUUCAUUUGUGCUUCACUCUUUAUGUUAAUUUUAAACAAAGUACCAUUUAUUGUGGUAACUUCGGCCACCAUCACUACCCCACACCCCGUUUUUAAUGGCGUGACUGGAUGGGUAUA